UUUUACAAGCCGUUUCCUUGUAAAAACGUCCAGUUGAGGACCCUCCUGGUACCUUGUCGUGAGAGUUUUAGCCUAAAGCCAACAUUACACUUCAGCAGCCUGUCGAGUCCGAUAUGGACUCUCAAGACGCCUCAGAAAACAUGCGCCCUGCGAAGCGCGCUCGCUCGGAGACGGCACCUGACGUGGACAUGGCGCUCGCGCAGCAGCAAGAAAGCAACGCCGUUCACCUUCUAAAUCUUCCUGACGGUGUAUUACACCAUAUUUUCCUUUUUCUUCCAGCAAAUGCUUUAAUGACCCUGGACUCGGUGUGCCGGUACUUCAACUACUUUGCGCAUCGAGUUGCGAAGGAAAAGCUGAUUGCACAAGUGGGCUACAAGCAAGCAGCGCGCUGGAGGGACUAUAAUUGGCUGCAACGUUUGGCCAUAGAGGAGACCGUCACGAAGUUCGACCUCGUACGGGGUGAAGGGCAGAGCUUCACGUUCACGGAAACGGCAAACAGCAAAGCCCUGCGGGAGAUUCGGCUGGACCACCCGGGGCCACGCUUGCUUUUGAGCGACGUUUCCACUGCACAAACACUUAUCCUGCGCUGGAAGCUCCAGUUGCGGGGUAACAAUGCCGCAGAGUUCGGCGUUGUUCCGCUUGAUAUGCAGGACCAACAGAAGGCGCUGCACAAGUGCAGCCCCAAUGCGAGCGACGAGCGGGCAACGGGCUUUAGCUCGGCUAUAACGGUGGGAAGCUUGCUACCGGCGCGGUUGCCAAUUAUGAAGGACACGAUAGUGGAAAUCCUGGUGACGCCGCGUGAAAUUUCCUUCAUCGUCUACAACCCCGAGGAUGGUUCGGAAAUGGUCUGGCAGAACAACUCCACGGUGGCGCGGCAAUACAAAGUGUCUUCCCCUGUGUGCAAUAACUCGGCUGCCAGGGGUCCCCGGGAGCUCCGACUUCAGCUGCCGAACACCUAUCAGUGCCCGGUGAAGCUAGCUGUCACUGCGUGGCAGCGCGCGGCGUUCGACGUACUGCACAUGCUCAGUCCGCAGGAGUUAAAGCAACUACAGCAGGAACGUGGAAAGGGGGCGCAUACAGGGGCUGUCACUGCUGCUAAGUGAUCGAUCUGAUGCACAGCGGUGCGAUGAUUAGUGAACCGAAAAUCCGACUUUUAAACUCAAUGGCAUAGAACCUGUUUGACCGCAACGGUUUUGGCUGUGUAUGUGUAUAUUCAUGGUGCUGCGGCUUAGACUGUAGCCAACGUGUCUCAUUUUGAUUGUUUGGAUGCAAUGGAUGUUGGAGAAUGGCAGGGGUAUGUGCAUUCCCGUGUGCAAGAGGACCGCUGCCCCUUUCGAAGAAUCUUCCUGCGAAAGGUGUCCCUAUACCCAGGAACACAGGAACAGAUUUCGCUGAAGGCUCUUGGAGGCGCGAUUUGUUGUUUGGUCAUGUUUGUAGGAGGUGCGAAAUAUAUACAGACCACAGUGCAUGACAUUGACCGUCCGUUAAGACCUUAUAUGCGUUAUCACGUAGCUUGCCCCACGGCUUGCCUUCCUAACUGGGUUAGGGAGUAAAUGGGAAGAUUUUUGGCGGUAGCCACCUAUGGAGGAACGUGACGCAGGUACAUUGUGAUUGGUGUUGGUGGUAGCGGAUACACAUAUACAUGUGGUUGGAAGCAUGUUGCGUGAAACAUAUUACUGCAUC